AUGGCGCCUCGCAUUGUACUUAUCGGGGCAGGGAGCGCUAUGUUUGGUUUGGGUGCGGUGGGCGAUGUGUUGAAAUCCAAGCCGCUCGAAGGCAGCACCAUCGUUCUGAAUGACAUCAACGCUGAAUCUCUUGAGUUUGUGGCUGGGAUCGCCAACGAAUAUAUCCAACAACAGAAGCUCAAAUACAGCGUCGAAGCAUACGCUGAUUUAGAUGACGCGCUCAAGGGGUGUGAUUUUUGCGUUAUCUCAAUUGAGGUUGGCGACCGCCACACCCUAUGGGAACAAGAUUGGACAAUCCCCAUGCAGUACGGGUUCAAGCAAGUCUAUGGAGAGAAUGGCGGACCAGGCGGUCUGUUUCACGCACUCCGAAUUAUACCGCCGAUUCUCGAAAUAUGCGACAAGAUUAAUAGAAUCUGCCCAGAUGCACAUAUCAUCAACCUGAGCAAUCCCAUGGUGCGCAUUAUGCAUGCCAUUAACGCCAAGUAUCCCAGCCUUAAAUGUACCGGCAUCUGCCACGAGGUCUUCUCUCUUAUUGAGCACCUUCCUAUCAUGCUAAACACAUCUGCGGAGAAUCUGGAGCUCAAAGCUGGCGGCUUUAACCACUUCAGCGUCUUGAUUGAAGCGAAAUACAAGGAUUCGGGCAAGGAUGCCUAUCCUGACAUCCGGGCAAAAGCUCCAGAAUAUUUCACGAAGGCCCCAGCCGUUUUCGGAUAUAUUGGAGAGCGCAAGCUUUUUCAAGAGAUCUUGAAGCGUUUUGAUGUCUUGCCUAUCACCACAGAUAGCCACUUUGGAGAGUACAUUCCGUGGGCCCAGAGUGCUGUUGAUCACCGUGGCAUCAUGGAGUUUUACAAUAGCUAUAAGUCUGAGAUGGCCGCCAAUCGCGACGACGCCAUGGGCCGCGUGGCUGCGGGAACGCCUGUCGACGAAUACUGGCGAGUUGUGAACAUUAUCGAGGGAAUCAUCGCUGACGACGGUCAUUAUGAGAUGUCGGUCAACAUCCCCAACGACGGCUUCAUCGACUGCCUGCCUCGCGACCAGUGUGUCGAGGUCCCUGCUACUGUAGAUAAACACGGUGUCCACGGUGUGAGGCUCGAGCCAUACCCUAAAGCAUUUGGUAAUCUGCUUAAGCUUCAGGUUGCUGUGAAUGAGAUGACCACGGAGGCCAUCCUGACUCAAUCAAAGAAUGUCGCCCUGCAGGCCCUGCUUGUUGACCCUGUUGUCGAUAACGCGCAAGCUGCUGCAGAAAUGUUGGACACCAUGAUAUCUCUGCAGCCGAAGUGGCUGAGUUACCUACAAUAG